UUUGCCAAGCAACCAGAGCAAACACCUGACAAACACCUGUCUCCUCUCCUCUCCCCUCACACCUUCCUUCCCCAGCUCCAAGAUUCCAGUUUUAAGCCAAGCACAACCUCAUCCCCAAUGGAGCUCCACUUCCAGGUGCAGCCCCAAGUGCUCCAGGCGCAGGACUACUGCUACUACUACCAGCACCAUCAGGAGCAGGCGGCGGCGGCGCAGGCAGCCCAGCCCACCAAGCCGCGGGGCAGGAAGAAGGGCGGCAGCAGCCACACCAAGUUCGUCGGCGUCCGCCAGCGCCCGUCGGGCCGGUGGGUCGCCGAGAUCAAGGACACCACCCAGAAGAUCCGCAUGUGGCUCGGCACCUUCGAGACCGCCGACGCCGCCGCGCGCGCAUACGACGAGGCCGCCCGCCUCCUCCGCGGCGCCGAGGCGCGCACCAACUUCGCGCCCCGCAUCUCGCCCGACUGCCCGCUCGCCGUCCGCAUCCGCGGCCUCCUCCACCACAAGAAGCUCAAGAAGGCCAGGCUCCCCGCCGCGUCCACCAAGGUGGCCCCCGCCUCCUCCUCCACGCCCGCCGCUCCCGCCGCCACAACCACCACCACCACCACCACAAGCAAUAGUAAUAGCAAUAGCAUGGAUGGAGCUUGUGGGGGUGGCUCAAGCAGCAGCAGUAGCAGCAGCGCCAUCAGCUUUGACGCGCCCAUGAAGCAAGGGGCCGGCGAGGUGUACAGGCCGGACUUCGCCCCCCUCGCCAGCGCCGAGGACCAGUUCGAGUCUUGGGUGUUCGACUCGGCGCCCUUCGGCCAGUUCCCGGCGCUGGACAGCUUCGCCGCCGUCGACGCCUGCACGCCACCGGCGGCGUCUCCCGAGGAGACGAGCGCCGCCCCUGCUUCCGGGAUGGCGGAGUUCGAGCGGAUGAAGGUGGAGCGGCGGAUCUCGGCGUCCCUGUACGCCAUGAACGGCCUCCAGGAGUACUUCGACAAGGUGUUCGACGCGUCCGCCUGCGACCCGCUCUGGGAUCUCUCGCCGCUCUGCCACUAGCUUGGCUUCGCGCGCUCCGGCCGCCGUUGGCCGGCGUGUGUGCUCGUCGUUCUUUCUCUUUUGCCUCCUGGGCGCCGGACUGCUAGCCUCUGCCGGGGAAGAAGCAUCAGUGAUUCAGUGUGCUGUGUGUUGCGUGUGCGUGUCAACUUGGUUUUUGCUGCGGCCAGGCAGUGCAGUGUAAAGAGGAAUUACUUGUUCUUAGAUUUCCAGUCAAUGCAAGCGAUGCACUUCUAUGCAAAACAAAUGUUGGUUCCAAUUUUGCAUUGUAGUGCAGCAAAUCGUUGCACAUUCUGAGCUAGACUGACGAUCAAAUUGUAACUUUGCUUCAAGCCUUUUGCGGCGGCUCAUUGCUGCAACGGAUUCUCGUGCUUACCAAGAAUUCAUGAUGGAAAAAGGCAAAAAGAUGCUGUUUUUAGCUAAGUGCCAACAUGUAAAUUUGAGUAAAGCACACUUGUUGUCUAUGAAGCUUGUACAUAUCUGUGCAUUAGUCACUAAGUCUUAAAAUGCUGCAGACCA